ACGGUGAGGAGCGUUUCCGCCAUUUUUGAAAACCGGGAAGGUGCCUGCCGGAGGAAGCGCGGCCGUGGCGAUGGCAGCGUUUGCCGUGGAUCCCCAGGCGCCCACGCUAGGAUCUGAACCAAUGAUGCUGGGUUCACCGACAUCUCCGAAGACAGGCGUUAAUGCCCAGUUCUUACCUGGAUUUUUAAUGGGGGAUUUACCAGCUCCAGUGACUCCACAGCCUCGAUCAAUCAGUGGCCCGUCCGUAGGAGUAAUGGAAAUGAGAUCACCUUUGCUCGCAGGGGGGUCACCGCCACAGCCAGUUGUCCCUGCUCCUAAAGAUAAAAGUGGAGCUCCGCCGGUUAGAAGUAUAUAUGAUGACAUUUCCAGUCCAGGACUCGGGUCGACACCUUUGACUUCGAGAAGACAGACAAACAUUUCAAUGAUGCAGAGCCCUCUUGUUGGAGUCACUACUCCAGUGACUGGGCAAAGCAUGUUUAGUCCAGCAAAUAUUGGUCAGCCACGGAAGACGACACUAUCUCCUGCCCAGUUGGAUCCUUUUUAUACUCAAGGAGAUUCUCUGACUUCAGAAGAUCACCUCGAUGACACUUGGGUGACUGUGUUUGGGUUUCCACAGGCGUCUGCUUCUUAUAUAUUAUUACAGUUUGCACAGUAUGGGAAUAUCUUAAAGCAUGUGAUGUCUAACACAGGCAACUGGAUGCACAUCCGUUACCAAUCUAAGUUGCAGGCCCGGAAAGCCUUAAGCAAAGAUGGGAGAAUAUUUGGAGAAUCCAUCAUGAUCGGUGUCAAGCCGUGUAUAGAUAAAAGUGUCAUGGAAAACGGUGACAGAGGAGCCUUGUCAUCUCCAUCUGUAGCCUUUACAACACCCGUCAAGACCUUAGGCACCCCAACACAGCCCAGGAGCACUCCUAGGAUCUCUACCAUGCGGCCCCUUGCUACAGCCUACAAGGCCUCCACUAGUGACUACCAGGUUAUUUCUGACAGACAAACACCAAAGAAAGAUGAAAGUCUUGUAUCCAGAGCGAUGGAGUACAUGUUCGGCUGGUAGUGCAGGAGGACUGCUGGCUUCCUUGGGUUAGUUGUAUAGCCACUUAGGGCAGUGUGGACAGCUGUCCUAGAUAAGCCUUUACCUCCUUUGUUUAGGAAACAGCCUGUUUGCAGCUUGCACUUUAAAGAUGGCUGAGGUAACCUGAGGAAAAGGUUGUGCAGAUAGCAUCUCGUGCUCUCUGUGAUACAGUGCAUGCUAACUCCGUGUGCUCAGCGUUGGCUGCAGUAAACUAAGUGAUUGAGCUGGAAGUGAGUCUCUGUAGCGGUCAUGGGAAGACGGAUGAAUUCAUGAGGAGCGACAGCUGCUCCACCAGGACACAUGAUUAUAAUUAGCGAUUGGAAUUACGGUCUUUAAUUUAGGUAGUAUUUAAUAUUUUGAUUAUCUUUUUAUAUGUCUGUGGAUUGUCAACUUUGGUGUUCUUUUUAAAAACCACCUAUUACUACUGUUUCUUAAUAAACUGUCAAUUUUUAUGUGCUGAAUAUUUGUUUGGAAGAUUGAUUUAUUGAAUAAGGCGUUUUAAGGGUUCACUGAAAUAAUAGAAACAUGUUAUUAACUUGUGUCUAGAGUCCAGAUUUUAUUACCAUUCUGUUUUGUCCUACUUGAUUUCUCCUUUUAUUUUGUUUGAAGCACUUCUCAAAUUUGAGUUAUUUUUAUUCCAAAUACUUGAAUACAUCAAAAAUAAAAAACUGCAUUUCUAUAGAGUUGUUAAGUUUGUUAAUAUACAAAAGACAGAUCAUUUAAAAUUUUUGUAUCUUUCCCCAAAUUAACUAUUUAUCAUGUGCUUUAUUCAGAUCAUGGUCUUAAUGAGGUUUUCACAGUAUUAAUGGUGCCCUACUACACACUGUAGAGUUGAACAGUUCUGUCUCUGAGCUUUGGAAAAGCUGCUCUGUGAGUUGGGUGUUGCUCUCAUGGUCCAGUACCUGGGAUUGGUCAGUUGCUUUAGUUGUUGAGCCUGUCGACGGCAGUGCACUCUGGAGGUGGAGGCACAGCCGUCCACAGUAGUGUAAUGUGGAGGUGGAGGCUCAGCCGCCCACAUUAGUGCACUGUGGAGGUGGAGGCUCAGCCGCCCACAUUAGUGCACUGUGGAGGUGGAGGCUCAGCUGUCCACAGUAGUGCACUGUGGAGGUGGAGGCACAGCCGUUCACAGUAGUGU